AUGGCCGUGGCUGUUCCCCUCGCGAAUGGCCGGACCGAGUUGUUCGUCGACGAUGAACCUCGUUUGGGUCAGCGGCUGGUGAAGGACGUCACCGCAGCCGCCCAAGCAGCGAUCAACGCAAAGGGGAGCUUUAGCCUGUGUUUGGCAUCCCCUGUGAUCGCAGCGCUCAAAGACUUGUCGCCAGAGGCGGUGGAUUGGAGCAAGACAAGCGUUUUCUUCACAGGAGAGAAUUUGGGAGCCAACAAGUCUUACGCGGACGCCCAAGACGCCUUCUGCAGGAAGUGUGGCGUUCAGAACAUCUACUAUCCGAUUUUGCGACCGCUCUUCAGCACUGGCUCCGGACUCCCACCCUUCGCUGUGAAGGAGGCCGCUGCUGCCUACGAGGCCCUUCUGAGGAACCAUCCAUCCAUCGACAAUUCAGGCAAGAUGCCAUCUUUCGACCUCUUGCUGUUGGGUGCGGGAGAAGACGGCCACUGCGGCUCCCUUCAUCCCGAGAGCGACCAGGUCAAAGCGGAGGGCACGGUGAUCAGCAUCUGCCUCUCAGCCCAGGAAAGCAAGAACCAGAUCGCUGUCUCCAUGGAUGUGAUGUGUGCUGCCAAGUGCCUUGGCACGCGGUUCCACGCAGAACGUGGCGUGCGGCUUUUCAUGCUGCACAGGAAGGCCAUUGUGCUUGCCAGAGGUGCAAAGCAGAAAGACACCGUGCGCCGUGCUUUGUCGGGUGUCCACGGUCUCUAUGAUUGCCCGGUGGGCUUGGUCAAGGAUUUGAUCGAUAACCGGGCGGCCUACCGGGCCCUAUGCUUCUCCACACCAGGCUUGAGUGAACACAUCAGUGGGGUGAUUCUCCACUGGGAGACUUUAAUGCAAGAGGAUGCAGAUGGCAAGGCCAUGGUGGAUAUCAUCAGAGGGAACGGCAUGAUUCCCGGAAUCAAGGUGGACAAAGGCUACAACAAGAAGGGCAUGUGGGGAACACCAGUCGGUCCUCUUGGGCACCCGGAGGUGGCAACUGUGGGAUUGGAUGAUCUUCAGCAAAGGUGUGCGCAAGCCUACAAGGAAGGAGCGCGAUUUGCCAAGUGGCGCAACGUCUUGCAGCUGGAUCCAGAGAAAGGCUUGCCAACGGCUUUGGCCAUCAAGGACACCGUCCACACCUUGGCGCGCUACGCCUCCAUUUGCCAGAGCGAGGGCUUAGUGCCAAUUGUGGAGCCAGAAAUUGUUCCCAAUGGUGACCAUGACAUCUACUAUUGCGCAGAGGUGACAGAGAAGGUCUUGGCAGCGCAGUUCAGGGCAUUGGCAGCUCACCACGUCUACUUGGAGGGUGCUGUCCUGAAGCCCAACAUGGUCAAGAAUGGCUUGGGGGGACCCAAAGCAAGUGCCGAGACCAUUGCAACCCUGACCUGCCAAACUUUGCUGCGCACAGUUCCUCCUUCCAUGCCAGGCAUAUUUUUCUUAUCCGGUGAGACAGCAUUGAAUGAAGACAAUGAAGAAGAAGCAACCAUCAAUUUGAGCACCAUGAACAGUCUUUUUGCCGGCAAGCUGCCUUGGCAUUUGUCAUUCUCUUAUGGCAAAGCUUUGCAGAAGACCUGUAUUGUCACCUGGCUGGGCAAGACUGAGAACAAGGAUGCCGCGCAAAAGGCCCUGAAGGCACGAGCCAACGCGAACUCUGACGCCGUUUUUGGCAAAUACAAGCCAGGCAGCUGCGCUAGUGUUGGCACUGACGGCAAUGUGAUGCAGGCCUACCGACUUUGGUAUUUGUACGGCAAUGAGUUGCACCCGAAGCCCUUUCCGGGCUUCUCGACCUCAGCACCUCCGUCUGAAGAACAUCCCAGUGUUUUGCUCGUGCAGACGCCAGCGUCGCGCGGUGCACCGGCCUCGUUGGGUCGAAUCGUGCAGCGAUGGACUGUGCUUCGGAUCCAAACGCAGCCCAUCACAGAGAACAAGUGGAUCGUCAACAGUUCAACUGAGAAGUGUGUGCAUGGUUUGCCCCCUUACAAGGGUGCAGAUGGAACGGUUAGACUAGCCAGUAUGUACAUGCUGCUCAUUGGAACUGUUGUGCCUUAUGCCUUUGUGAAUGUGUACAAGCAGAAGCUGAAGCAGGUGAACUUGGAUAUGGCCUGGUUUUGGCAAAGCGUUUGGCAGGUUGUACGGGAUUUGAUCUUCAUCCCGGCAUCCUGGAGACCUGGCCCUCACCCUCACCCAGCGGCAAGAACGAGGCUUCGCCGGCUUCGCCUUGAACUUGUCGGAAUCGUGGACCUGCUUCAUGAGAAUCAUUCCAACACCCCAAAUCAAAUUUUGUUCUGCAGAGCCAGCGUAGGCUUGGUUUCUUGCGUAUCUCCUCUUCAAUGUGCUUUUUAA